GUCUUUCCUAGAUAUCUACAUUAAUUAGCUAUUUUUUUAAUUUUUAAUUUUUUUCUAUUAGGUGUUUUAUACCGCAAGUUCGAUGAAUUUGUUAUUAAUUCUCAACAUAUAUUUAUUUUGCUAUUUCCCUUUACGGGGAUUUGUAACUGCUAUUAUAAAUUAGAACGAAUUUUUUGACAUAUUAUCAAUUGCAAGACCUCAGACUAAUUCCACCAAAACAAUUCAGAAUUUUGCACACUCAGCUUCAAAUAUAAUUCUGUGAUUUUCAUCAAGUAAAAGUAACAACAUGGAGUUUAGCGGGCUAGAGCUUCAAAUAUUUCAUCCAGGCAGAGAGGGUGAUGUAUAUGACUUUUGUACUGAUGAACUUAUAUGCGCUUUUGAGUUUGUUCGAGGAUCUAAUCGUAUGUCUAAUAAUCAUUGGGUUCCUAUUGGAUGGGCAAGGAUUUCAGAACUAGCGAAGAUUGCCGAAGACUAUGUUAAAUGGUCUUCGCAACAAAUUGAUUUGAUAGAAGAUGAAUAUGAUACUACCGUUUCUAGUGUUGUUACUCGACCUAUAUGGUGGUGUCACGUAUUUGUGGGGCAUUCCUCUAUUUAUGCAUGGCUCAGUAAUGCUCACUGUAUACAUCCAACUGUUAGUAUUUGUUUGAGAAAUGAAGGCAAACAAUGUAGUGAUUGUAUGGAUCACUUUGGUUUUGAGGUGAGUUCUAAUGUUUGAUCUCUUUUCAUGUUAGUGUCACAUUUUCAAUUUUAUUGACUUGUUGUUUCUUGAAAAUGAUGUUACAUCUCAUAAUUGUAGGGCUUAGUAUGCUUAAUAAAUGUGAGCUUUUUGGAUUUUAAAAUGAAUUGUGAAUA